AUGGUAUCAUCUCAAUCAACAGCACAUGAUGCUGAAAGUUGGUCAUCAACAUCACCAUCUCGAGCACCAGCACCAUUUGUUGUCGACUUAUCAUCGAUCAAUACUGUCAAUCCUUUAGCAAAUAUGCUUGAAAAACGAGAACAAAUAGAACGUGAACAAGAACGACUUCAACAUGAAGAAGAAGAAGUUAAACAAGAAAUUGAAAAAUAUUUGUCGAGUGGUCAAAUCGAUGUUUCCAGUCCUGAAGGUAACAGAUUACCAGAUAUAGCUGGUUCAAAAGAAAAAUCUACAAUAAUUCAUGAUCGAAAAGGAUUGAUUAGUAUGGAUAUAACAAAAAGUAUAAAUGAAUUUAUUAUUAUAUUAGGUCCUGCUCCAAUGUUGAAUGAUAACUAUGUUGUAUUCGGUGAAGUUAUCCGUGGAAUGGCUAUUUUUGAUUCUAUUAAUGCUUGUGCUGAUACAGUUAAUGGUGGUGGUCAACCUUUUGAUGCUAUUUCAAUUUAUUCAUGUAGUUAG